AUGAGUAAUACAACAAACAAAAAUGAAGGGAGCAAGAAAGAUAGGUUUGUUUGGACGCAACAAAUGGAAGAUGCAUUCAUUGAUGUGCUGUAUUACCAACAUAUUAAAGGGAAUAGGGUUGAUGGAACUUUUACUAGUAAAGCAUAUGAUGAAAUGGUUAAAGAAUUGUGUGCUAAACUUGAAAUGGAUUUUACCAAAGAUAGGAUUAAGAAUCGAUUGAAGACUAUAAAGACUCAUUUCAAUGAGUGGUAUGACCUGUUUAAGAAUGGAUUGAGCGGAUUUGCUUGGAGUCGUGAGACAAAGAUGUGGAGUGCGGAGCCAGAGGUUUGGAAUUUAUUGAUUGAGGCAAAACCGCAAGCGGAGAAAUGGAGAACUACACAUAUUAACAACUAUGAUAAGUUGCUAGAGUUGUUUGCAAAAGAUAGAGCGACGGGUGAUGAGGCUGCAACUGCGAAGGAGAAACGUUUUCAAUGGGCUAGCUCAACCAAUGACGAGUUAAUGGGAAGUAUUGAUGGUAUUGAUCAGCUAGUAGCAGAAAAUGAGGUGACUUUGGAAAAUGUUGAGCAUGUGGCUGAUGAGAUUGAAAGGACAAUGUCCCCUAAGGCAACUUCUAUUGCAUCUUCAAGUGCAAAAGGAAAGAGGAAACGGUCUUCACGUAGUGUCUCUAAUGAUACCCAAGACAUAGCAAAUGCAAUUUCCUCUGUUGCAGAAUCUAUUAAAGAGGGAAAUGCUUUUUAUGGUCAAUAUAAUCGUAAGGUGCAUUUGGAGGAGGAAAUCUAUAAUGAGCUGGAAUCAAUUGGACUUUAG